AUGGAUGCAGAAGCACAAUUACAUGGUGAUGUUUCCGAUGGCGCGGAAAUGUCUCCUUUGGUUGAAAAUGAACCAGAAACAAUUGAUGAAAUAGCGGAAGAUAACAUUACCAGCGAGCAUUCUGAAUCGGUUGAAACAACAGAGGGUGCAGCUACAAAUGGAGGAGCACCCACAAGUAGCAGUGAUCUCUUAGAACUGGAACAAGGUGGAGACCAGGCAGAUCAUGAUGAACCAGAAGUUGGUGAAGAAGGCAAUCAAGAAGCAGAAGAUGAAAUGGAUAUAGAUGAAACAACUCCUGGAGCAGUUGGGGAUGAGUCUGCUUACAUUGGAGACAACUGUUUAUCAACUCCCGCUGUGACUGAAGAUAACUCUCCUCAAGAGAGUGAGGGCUUAGAUCUCCUUUUAAAACAAGACGGUCUGGAUGAGGAUACGGCUGAACGAGGUGAACAGCCAGAAGAGUCUCCUGACCAAUCAAUCAGCUCUGCAAUGCCUAUUGAAGGUGAUACUGCACCAAUUAUUAACGAUGAUGAGUCAAGUACAAUGGAUGAAGACAUGGGUGGCGGAGAAGGAGUUGCCAGCAGCGAUGAUGUUAAUGAUAUCAGCAGUGCUGCUCAGGACAUUCUUGGAACAGCUAUUAGUUCCAGCACUCCAGAAGUCGCUGACAUAACAAGCAGUGGGCAAGGAGAGCCAACUCUUAUCUCUUCCACAGCCAAUGGACCUGCAUUACUUCAUUCCUUCACAAUACUGCCGCAACCCACUAAUGAUUUUAGUGAUGCAGAUACAUCUGAAAUGGAAGGAGGGGCAGACACUAUGCCCGCUGUGAGUGAGUCCUUGCCAAUACUCACAAUGACAGCAAACGGAGCUGCUAUUCUAUCUCCUAACUUAUUGCAAGUGGCAGGCAGUGGAGUAACUGACGAGGGUGAGGGUGAGGAAGGAGCGAGCGGUGGGGUGUCGUCAUCGGGAGGUGGCGCGGCCGAAGAGGGGGCCGUGAGCAGCUCAGGGGCAAAUGGGCAGCCGCCCAUCCCGCCCACUGAUGCUGCCCACGCGCUGGCCACCCUUGCAAGUGCUGCCUUACAUCACAAUCAAGAACAGCCUGAACAAGAAGAACAAAAACCAAAUGAAGAAGACACAUGGUAUACAGUUGGCAUUGUGAAAGGAACUACAUUUACAGUUCAAAACUACAUAUCUGAUCCGAACAUAGAGCUGUCAAAUUUAUCGUUGGACAAUCUGCCAGACCUCACUGAGUUGUCCACGACGCCACUGGAGCACGGCACAGCGUACAAGUUUAGGAUCGCCGCCAUUAAUUCCUGUGGCAAAGGGGACUUUAGUGAGGAGGCAGCAUUCAAAACGUGUCUCCCUGGAUUCCCGGGCGCACCUUCUGCCAUCAAAAUUUCAAAGUCCGUGGAGGGUGCACACUUGUCAUGGGAACCUCCGCAGGUCGCAGCCGAAGGUAUCUUCGAGUACUCCGUAUAUCUUGCUGUACGCUCCAGUUCACAACAAAAGGAAUCAAAGAACCAGUUGGCCUUCGUACGCGUGUAUUGCGGUAAAGCGAACACGUGCGUAGUCCCGCAGUCGUCGUUGGGCGCGGCCCACGUGGACUCGUCAGCGAAACCCGCGAUCAUAUUCCGUAUUGCAGCGAGGAACGACAAGGGCUAUGGACCCGCUACUCAAGUCAGGUGGCUGCAAGAUAUAAAAUCAACGGGCGUAAAGCGAGCAGGCGAAGGCCGACUUCCGGGAGCCUCGCCCUCAAAACAAACAAAACAAGUACUGCACUAA